AUGUCUCUUAUCGUUAAAGCUUAUAGUGACGACGAAAUCCGUCGAUUCGCAUUGGACCAGAACGUAACAACUAGUUACAACUAUCUUUAUCAAAAGAUUGGCACUCUUUUUCCAAAUUUACUAAGAGAUUCCUAUGUACUAAAGUGGUGUGAUACCGAUGGCGACCUUAUCACUUUUUCGUCUGAUGAUGAAUUGAUUGAUGCUCUAAGUAACAGGAAUGAUGAAAUCUUCCGCGUAUACAUCAAAGACAGGCCGAAAGCUCCUUUCCCUCAAGCAGAAUAUCCACCUCAUUGCAAGGCUUGGUGGUGGGGAUACCCUGGUCAGAAACCACGCUGUGGUGGAAGGCCGGAAGGGUCUUGUAGAUGGCGUAAUGGCUCUCGUAGAUGGCAAUCAUGGAUGGAGGAAGCCCAACGUUGGAAAGAUCACAAAGAACAGAAUUCGUCAUUAAAUGAAAACACUAACGAAUCUUCUGAGAAUGAAAAUUCUGGAAACGUUUUCAAUGCGUUUUGUCCUCAACAAAUCAACCCCGAAUUUAUUAACUCUUUUGCUGCUAAUAUGCUAAGAUCAUUUGGCGUUGAUCUGUCAGGAUUUUGUCACACAUCAAACGAGAGUAAGCCGGAUCAACAAAAUAGAGAAAGUGAUAAGGGUUGUGACAGAAAGGACGAAGAGACGAAUUCUAAAUUAGCCGAUGGUGCUUGCGCAAGCGCUACAACUGCUGAAUCUUCUGCAAAUUCUAAACCAUCACAGCAAAUCAAUCAAGAUCAUAAUCCUGAUAUAAAUGAGAACAUCCAACAAGCCAUAACUCAAAUGGAAGCCAUGGGAUUCGACAAUCAAGGAGGAUGGCUUACUCGAUUACUUGAGGCUAAAAACGGUAAUAUAAGCCGAGCAUUGGAAGCUAUUUAUCCCAACAGAUCUAAAGAUUCGGGUCUUCAAUAAUAGCUCUGUAGAGUAUGCUUUAUAACAAUUUGGCAUUAUUAAAUCAUUUUAACCUAUCAUAUUCGUCUCCAUAACCUGGCUUGUACAUUUAUGAUUAUUGAUCCUACAUAAUAUUAAGCAAUCUAAUUUAUUCCUAAACUAAAUGUAUGUAAAAUGCAUUUUGUGGAAAAAAAUUACGUAAUUUAUCGAAAAUCCAUAGCAUUAUUGAUUAGAAGCUUUUAAUUGUGUCCUCACUAUUUGUUUCGGGUGUUUAUAUAAUC